AUGCAUAUGUCAAUGAGAUUAAAUCUUAUUUUUGACACCAGUCUCACUAACAAAGCGGAUGCAAAGUUCAUAUUCUAUGUAGAUCUCAUUACAUCCGCAAUUGAAAAUAGUUACAAGAAUCUGCCUAACUACAUUCAAGGUUCAGUAAAUGUCAUUGGCUUCAGGCCUGGUAGCAUUAUAGCGGACUACACCAUUACUGCAAACAGCACCAAUCUGGAUGUUACAGCCGCAAACACACAAGUUAAUGACUCUCUAGCAGCUGCAGGAAUCCCUUUAGCUCAGGACGCUUUUGCUGAAAGUGUGGAAACAAUGUUGACAACCAAAGAUAAAUAUUAUCCCCUGCAAGAUGUGGAACUGAGGUGUAUGCGUCCAAAUUCUGUUAUGGGAGCAAUGAAAUGGAGUGUGAAUGACAAAGAUCCUGCAGGAAACAGUUCAAAAUACACCAUUACAAAUGACGACAUCAGUAGCACUCUUAUUGUAAAAGUUGCAAGUGAAAGUGACAAUGGUAGAUACUCAUGUAUCAUAGAAAGCUCCCCGGUACCUUACAUUCAGUGGCAAACAGUAUCUAUUGAACCUCGUCCUAAUAUUAUAGUGAAUAGAACUGAUAUAAAGCUUCAGUGUCAAGACCAGAUUAUCCCACUGACAUGCUGUGCUGAUGGUUACUCAGUCGAGGGGUUUGUGAUUCCUGCUGGGGAUGUCGGGACAAAUUCAGGAUCUGGCUGCUUCACAAUACAACAUAAAAUCUUAAGCACAAAUUGUGGGUCUAAAGAAAUCUUUACAUGCCAACUAAAAGACAUGCCAGAAUUACAAACAUUUGAUUAUAGCUGGAGGACAGUCCAAGUUCAGACAGUCAAUGAGUAUGACUGUAUAAAUGACACGCUUGGAGUUGGAAAAAUAGGUGACAAUGUUACGGGCCAUUGUGAAAAAGGCCUGGAAGGCUACAUAACUUAUGAAUGUAAACAGAUAAAUGUCACAAAUGUAUGGGCAGAAUUACAGAGAGAUUGUGUUCUUCAAGCAUUCAAAGACCUUGAAAGGAGAUAUGAUGUUUUGUUUGUGGAGCAGAUUCCAGUGUUUAUGACAGAUCUCCGUAACACUGUAGUGCAGAAUAAUACUGUGAUAACACAAUCUGCUGACACUGUCAAAACCAUUGUUGACAUACUUAACACAAUUGCUGGUAUCUCACAAACUAUUACCAUCAAUCAACCUGUGAUGGAGGAUUUUCUUAAAACAGUGGACAUCAUUUUAUCAGAUGAAUCUAAAAACACAUGGGCAGAAUUGAACAAUGACAACAAAACAGAAAACAAAAGCACUGAACUUCUUCAAGCUAUUGAGACUAUAAGUGAUCGUCUCUCUGAUGACAGUUUUAUGAUUAAGGAAACCUCCAUUCAGUUACAUAGAAAAACAAUUACAAACUCAUUCACUAAAACAUUUUCACUGCCAAACUCAACUACUCAGAUUGUGAUACCAAAUGUUCUUAAACCGACCCUCAUAACCACCAUUAUCUUCAAAAACCUUGACAAUGUUUUACCAACUCGAAAUACUUCUAAUAAUGACAAGAAGACAUCAGAAAACAUCAUUAAUGGAGACGUGGUUGUUGUUAGAGUAAAUGAAACAAUUAACAACAUUUCAUUUACUUUCAAUACUAUGAAUACAUCAUUGACUAAUCCUCAGUGUGUCUUUUGGAACUUUGAUCUGGACCAUUGGGAUUCCACUGGAUGUAAAGUCAAGCGCUUUGAGAAUAAAACAGUUACAUGUGAAUGCAACCACACAACGUCUUUUUCAAUCCUGAUGUCACCGUUUGCAGUUGAUAACCCAGCCUUAGCCUAUAUAACAUACAUUGGUGUAGCUAUUUCAUUAGCCAGCUUACUUCUGUGCCUCUUCAUUGAGGCGAUCGUAUGGAAGCCAGCAACAAGAAAUGACACGUCGUACAUGCGUCACGUCUCAAUAGUCAACAUCGCUGUGUCACUGCUGAUCGCAAACAUCUGUUUUAUAAUCGGAGCUGCAAUUGCAGACCAAGAGCAGCCAACCUCAGUGGGUCACUGCAGUCCAGUAGUUUUCUUCAUGCACUUUUUUUACCUGGCUGUUUUCUUCUGGAUGUUCAUUUCAGCACUUUUGCUUCUUUCCCGCACCAUCACGGUCUUUUCUCAAAUGUCAAAGACUAAUAUGAUGGUCAUUGCCUUCACUUUUGGUUAUUGUGCACCUUUGCUUAUAGCGGCUAUUACUGUCGCAUCCACAGCUGGACCUCAACACUAUGUCACAAAAGAAAAUGCAUGUUGGCUGAACUGGUAUGAAUCUAAGGCCCUGCUGGCAUUUGUGAUUCCAGCUCUGACUAUUGUUGGCUUUAACCUCCUGGUUUUGAUUGUGGUUGUGAUACGGAUGAGAAGGAUUGGUGCACAUGAGAAACACACUCUUGUGGUCAUUGUCCAAUGUGUGGCCAUUCUGACUCCUAUCUUUGGUCUAACAUGGGGAUUAGGUAUUGGAACCAUGGUGUCACGUGGCUUGAUCAUUCAUAUGAUGUUUGCAAUCCUCAAUUCACUGCAGGUACCAUUUUAUUUUUGA